AUGGACCUGGAUACCUUGCAAGCCGUCCGUGACGCCAGCCUUCUUGAAUUCGGGAAGUCCAAAAACACGAACAAAGCAUACGCUGGCCACAUUGCUCGGGGGAAGAAGUUCCUUGCGAAUGUCGUGGCCGAGAGGAAGGCCAAGGGUAUUGAGGUGUGCGACAAGGGUAUCCCGACAACUGAGCUUGCCAAAGCAUUUGACAAACCACCGAACCGCUACUCAGCUGUUGCACUCGAGUUCUUCCUUGUCCAAAAGGUUUUUACCGAAGAGCUGUCUAGAAGCUAUGCCGAAGGGAUUCAAGGGGCCUUCGCAGACUACUGGGACAAAAUGGAUGAACAGAUGUAUGCUGGUGCCUAUGCUCUUGAUAAGGCCACCAGUAUCGUUACUGGAUGUCCAGCACGAGCUCCAGCCAUCCAUGAUCUCAUGAAGGCUGUUAAGACUAGAGCAGGCACCAAAGGGGCUGCUGCGACAAGGAAGCAUGCUGAGGCGAUGUCGCUUGAGGACCUGCAAAAGAUCAUGGCAUGGUCAGAAGAAAAGUGCCCAAACGAGUUUUUUGAUAACGCACCAUCAAGCGCUCAGUCCGAUGUUGCUCUGAUGAACGUGCAUGGCCUUAUGCGGGCAUUAUGUCCAACUCUUUUCGUGCUGAUGUUGAGAGUAUUUGAAGGCUUAUCCUUGCAGAAUGCCGACAUCACACAGGGACUAAACGGUCCUGCCCCGUACCACUUCCCAUUUUUUGAAGUCAAACUUGAGGAGCGGAAGAAUUGGCAAAAGCAAGCUGGCUACGAUGGCCCACGUACCAGCCUGUUUCGAAGGUGGAAUUUAUCAAAUCUACAAACAAGACAUCGCAGAAAUGGACAUGUAUACGCACCUCCCACGCUGGUUAAAGCUUGGUUAAAGCAUCUCGAAAGUCGCAUUGGCCGCAGCCUCCAGCCUGAUGACUUCAUCUUUCCCUACAUUUCGCAAAAUGGCACUAUCGACCCCAAGCGUGCAAUGUCAUACGACACAUUCCAAAAGCUUCUAGUUGAGUUUGCUGCUGGCGCUGGCCUCACCAAAGUAUACACAACACAUUGCUUCCGACGCGGCGGUGCCCAGUAUCGUUUCAUGUAUGCACCUAUUGGUCACCGUUGGUCUUUGAGCAUCAUCAGGUGGUGGGGAGGGUGGGCCAAAGGCGAACAAGUUGAUACAAUGAUCAAGUACCUUGUAGACUCACUCCAAAGCUAUGAGACUGGCCAUGGGAAUGCACUCUGUCCCAUUCCAAACGAGGCUGACAAGAGCUUCAUGGGGGAGCACAUCAAUCAGGCACCACCAUCAACUGAAGAAAUUCGUCAAUGGAAACUCGCCAUGGAUCGCAGUCUCGACAAUGCUGUUUCUGAGAUAGUGGGACAAGUGACAGCUGCCUUUGCAGGCACUCAGCUCUCUCAAUCCCCCAGCCCUGAGCCAGACAUGGCCACGACACCGUCAUCUAACAGUGUUGCACUCCAAGAACGAACUAUCCGCCAUGGUCGAGAUAGCCGCCUCUCGACCUUGAUGCCAUACCAUCCUAGGCCAUCCAGCCGUGCCCAGAGUCUUGGUGCAUCUAGUAGUGGCGACGAUACGGACAAUUCAGCAGCCGUGCGAUCUACAGGGUCUAACCCCCCACCUAUCCCUGGUGUUGUCAUUCCCGAUGUGAGGAAUUGGCGUGAUGUGAUUCGGCAGUGGGACAUUGGUGAUGCAGGGAUGGUGGCGUUGAAGAACUGGCCAAAAGAAUGGUACCAGGGCGGCAUGAAGAGAUAUACCGGCUCCUUGUACUCUCAGCGAAAGAAGAUUGCGGAAGAGUAUGAACAUUUGGGUCGUGAUGAAGAUACAUUCCGGACAACUUACCCAGCAGCCGAUAAGUCUAUUAAGGCGCUCCUCAAGGCGAUUCGAGUUCGGCACAAUGAGUGGCGUCGAAGCAAAUAUGGCACACCCGAGGAGCGAGAUGGCUCUCAGGAACAAAAGGAUUGA